AUGGAUACAUUGUCGUUUAAGGGGCACUGUUCAUUGGCCUUCCUACUUAGAGUGGUUUUAGUGGUUUAUUCAAAUUAUCACGAUAAAACCUUUUAUGUUCCAUACACUGAUGUGGAUUAUAAAGUAUUUACCGAUGCCGCGAGGUACAUGGUGGAAGGAAAAUCUCCGUUCGAACGCGAUACAUAUCGCUAUACACCACUGUUAGCCUUGCUUCUAACACCAAAUAUUUUGCUGCACCAAAAUUUCGGAAAGAUUUUAUUUUCUUUCGUCGAUGUUCUGGUAGCAAUUUUGAUAAAAAAGAUUCUAACGUUGCAAAAUUGCAGCGAGAAACUGAAAUGUAUUUGUGCCAUGCUAUGGUUGUAUAACCCUUUCACGAUUAUAAUUUCAACCAGAGGGAAUGCAGAUUCCAUGGCAGUUCUUUUAGUUAUGUUGACCUUGUUUUCAUUUCUACGACAUAAAUUCAUUCUAACAGGGUUAUUGCAUGCUAUAUCUGUUCAUUUUAGAUUAUACCCUAUCGUGUUCAGUUUGCCCAUGUAUAUUUCUCUUAACAAGAGAAAUUUGGUGCCAAACAAAAACCAGUUAAAAUUGGUACUUAGUUGCGUAUCUUUGGUAAUUCUUUUGACCAUCGUAAAUUAUUAUUUUUACGGAUUCGAGUAUCUUUACAAUAGCCUUAUUUAUCACGUGAUACGUAAAGACACGAAACACAACUUUUCUGUUUACUUUUACAUGCUAUAUUUAUCCGUGAAUUAUCCACCAAGCAUAAUUGAAAAAAUUUUCACGUUUCUACCACAGUUAAUGCUGUUGCUGAUGCUGUCGUACAAAUACUCGAGUAAAUCCGAAUUGCCAUUUGCAAUGUUUACACAAUCCAUGGUAAUGGUGACGUACAAUCCCGUGUUAACAUCCCAAUAUUUCUUCUGGUUUUUAUCUCUUUUACCAUUGUGCCUUCCACAUUUUCGUUUAAGCGCUAAGAGAUCAGUAUCUUUAUGUUUUGCGUGGAUCGUGAGUCAAGGCCUCUGGCUACUGGCAGCUUAUUUCUUAGAAUUUCGAGGGUCAAACACUUUCAUGUUCAUUUGGAUCUCUAGUUUACUAUUCUUCGUUGUCAACGUGAAGAUUUUUAACGAUAUCAUUGCAUAUUACAAGCAGUAGAUAAAAAUUCGUUCAACGAUUGAUAUGUAAGCGACUGAUCCAUACGCAAUAUUUUAUUCAAAGAAAUGUACGCGUUAUUAGCAUAGAUUUCUACGUGUAAUCAUUUAUAGUUUUAAAACACGAAAUAUAUGAUCGUUUCAUUGUAAUCAUUACCAGGAAGAAUCAUUGAAUAAAGCUUUGCGAAAACUACAUAGGUAUGCAUUUGUAUUAGGUCAUCGAAAAAAAAAUUCGACAACAUCGAUCAUAUUUAAAAAUUGCCUCCAAGAGCUUUUUGGAUGACCUAAUAAUGUACAUAAAAGUGGUAGGAAUAUAAAACAAUCGAUAAUGAUUCUUAAUUUUAUUCUUGCAGGAAUACAAAAUACUUAUUUACAGAUGGUUUCGUAAAGUAAUAGUGGUAGAUUCUUAAAAGGAAUGUAGAUAUAGUAAUAAUGAUACAAUAAUAGUAAAUCUUAAUGUAGUAAUCUAGAUCAAUUGUGAGCAAGAGCAUCCUUUGGAUCAUCUUCAGAAAUAUUUCCCGUCGUUUACUUCUAAGCUGCUAAUUGUUGAUGAUAUUAAUUAUUAUUGGGGACAUUCCUCGUCAAAUUAUACGAGAAUGCUUCUCACAAUUUUUAUUUUUUUUUUUACGACACCACUCGGAACGUAUAGUAACUUGUUUUUUUAAAGAGUAUAAAAAAAUACCGCGUCGAUAUCUUUCGUUGAACGACUCGAAUAUUGAUCGGACCGAGAGAAACCGUUUUCUCGAUCAAUUCUCAAACGAUCCGCGCGUACGUGCGCGUCGAAACAAUUCGAAAGAAACCAACACGACCGUGACACGAAAUGGCCCAAUCGAUUAACACCGGGGACGAACGGAAAAAACGAAAAAAAAAAAAGUAACACAAGCACGGUUCGUAUAACUAUAGAUCACCACGGCAGACGAUGCAACAUAUAAAAAUAGCAUUAUUUUCUUUCAUUGCUUUUGUUACAGUUUAUCCGACUGUGUGCUAUGUGAAAUAAUCUAUUUUAUCUCCAUCGAGGUGAAUAGAGGCGGUCGAUUUUUGCCCGGAAACCAGCUCCCCUCCGGUUAGGACCAAACUCACCGACGAUAAGAAGUAACGGAAGAAGUGACGUUCUUAGGCCUUGCAACGGUAUCGCGCGAAACGGGGUCCUAAAAUAGAGCUAAACCUCGUUUCGGGGUGGCUGCAAGGUCCAGAAUAGCUGCCUCGGAUGAGUUUACGCGUAUACUAUAUUAGAGAAACCGAUCGUCGCCGCGCCAAGAUCAUCCGAGAUUGAUCGCGUCGCCUUGAACGGAAAGUAGUUGCAUCUUCGAAAGAGGAAAAUAAAAGGAAAAAAAAGAGGGAAAUUAACGCCCAGCCUUUCCCCCGUUCGGGGCUCGUGCGACUAAAAAUCUCUUUGUUCGGAAUUACUCCCGGAGGAUUUGCUCUAGCGCGAAAAGCGCGCGUCGUUGCUCGUUAGUUUUGUUUCGUAUGGAAACAUCACGGAUAGACUCGAGUGCGUUCACCGGGUAGCAAGGAAACGACAACACGAUUUACUUACGAGGCUUUGAAACGACGCCAAGUGACUCGAUAUUGCACGCGGCCACGUUUUCUGAAAACGAUGCAAAACGUCUUUGCCGCGACCGAACCCGCUUGUUCUUCUUUUCAUCGCGCGCGUCGAAAGGCGUUUCCUUCGAUGCUGUGUCGUUCCGUUCCCUUUCAUGUUUCGUAGGUCCUUCGCUUUAAAAUGAAAACAAAUCGCUGGUUGCAACGCAAAGCUCCUCGGGGGCGCAAUUCAAACGGCGACUUUGUCGUCGCGCGACUGGGAAGCGGGAAGAAGCGACUGGGAAUAAGAUCUCUGUCGGCGUGACAUGGCGCCGUUCGUGAACGUUCGCGUACGCAAACCGUUUUCCUGCAACAAUUCCAGGCGAACGGGACAUUCCCAUCGGUAUGCCAACGGUUGGAGUAUUCCAGAAUACGUGUUCGAAGAUUUAUUUCGAAGAUCGAGAAAGUGAUAAAUUAACGCGUUAUUGGUAAGUUCUGUUUAUCAGACGGAUAGAGUUGGCGAACGGUAUACAACAGGGGUGACUUGCUCUUAGUGUUCUGUUCUGCUCAUGCGCACAAGAUCUUCCAACUCUAUGGCUGCCACGCGGAGCUGGGACCAGGGAGGUCAGGUAGAGGUUCUCGGUAUUUCUCAUUUGGUUUCGGGCAGCUGUUCAGAACUGUGUUUUGCAGGAAUAUCGAGGAUUUGGGAAAAGUAUGAUUUUCUACGUUGGACCUGGACUAAUCGAUGUUGUUUGAAAGUGGGACUCCUAUGGCUAUCGUCAAAGUUCGUCACCCCUGGCAUACAACGUAUGUGAGUACUUAUGAUUUCCUAUUUUCCAUCUUUACUCGUAUUUUGUAUCUGGAUAAAGUGUA